AUGCGGCCGAAUUCUCGCGUCCAGAUUUUCGCCGACGUCGAACCGAUCCGGAUUGGCUUGUUCGUACUCUGGGAAAGAAAGCGAUCCGUGCCAAUCGCAAGAGAGCCAGAUUGGAGGACACUCAUUCCCGAAAGGAUCUCCUCAAUAAACCUCUACCAACCACUUUAUCGGAGUACAAGAACCACCCAUUAUAUGUUCUGGAGAAGGAUCUUCUGA